AUGUGUGAUCUAUGCUCUCCGAAACAAACUGUUUCCAUUACGAAAUGUGACGGCUGUUUAAGACAUAUGUGUAAUAAGCAUUUCAAUGACCACCGUCAUAAGCUUUCUACAGAUUUGGAUUCUGUCUUUAAUUUUCAUAAUGAUCUUCAACAAUCACUGCAACGUAGAAUCGAUGACCCAUCAACAUCGCCAGACUAUAUUAAUGCUAUUCCUUUCUUAAAACAAAUCGACGAAUGGGAAAGAAGCACAAUUGAGCGUGUUUCACAAAGAGCAAACGAAGCACGUGCAAAUAUUGAGCAUUUCUUUAGUAGAAGACAGGAAAAUAACAAAUUGAAGCAAUUGGUUGAAACAAUCGGAAAUGAAGCACAAGAGCAUAAAGAGUCUGAAAGUUUUGUAGACACUGAUAUUAAUAAUUGGAAGAAACAAUUGAAAAAUGUGCAAACUGCUUUCAAUCGGCCAUCAGAAAUCAAGACAGAUUCUGUUUUUAUUCAGAUCAAAGAUAUUGAUUGGAACACUAUCAUUAGAGCCUCUUUCUCUGGCGAACAACGUGAACAUACAUCGACUGAUUAUUUCUCUACUAAAUGUAGUUUGGUUAUGCGACGAGUAUCAUCAGUUAAUUUUCAGUCGAAACGCAAUAUAUGA